CGAAUGUUCAGUAGAUGUCGACCAUUUCCUCUGAUCCAGACAUGGGAAGUGGGGCCUCCUCGUUCCGGGCGCGCGGAACAUUCUCCGCACACACCCCGGCGAAAAGGUGCUCGAAGCUGGAGCUUCUCUCCACCCCUCUUGGCCCCCCCUCCCUGCGAAUUUUGAUCCGUCACCCGUCGCCGGGUCCUAACAUCAUUUCUUUCUGGCCUGUCACCCAGGUACCUAUCUAGCUAGCUUUCACCCUCAGCAACGAACACACAUAGCAACACAACCAACAUCGGCAUCCAUAUCCGCAACAUACCAAUGCAUCGCCCUCGGGUCGGUUUAUGAUAACCUCGCUGCUGUCCAGGACCUCAUGGCCGCUGUGCGCCUCACCGCGUCUCCCGGCGCCCGCGCCGCCGCCGCCGCCGCGACGUCCCCGCUGGCCUCUCGGCUGUGGCCCAACGCAACCGCCAACGCCGCCACCGCCCCGACCACAAUCCCCGCAGCGACAGUCGCCGCAGCGGCGGCGGUAGCAGCAGCGACCGCUACCACGACCACAGCAGCUUCGGCAUUACCGUUGUCGUCGUCGUCGUCGUCGCCGCCCCAGUGGGUGCUUACGCGCGGCAGACCGAAGCGCCACGAGCCGCCGAACCGCUACUUCAACCCCUCCAACGCGACCCUUUCCAGCAGCACGGGUGAGAACCCCGGAAAGAAGCCCGGCGACGAGAACAAGGCCAACCUAGGCAAGACUCUGCGCAUCCUCCAAGACCACCUCCCGACGGUCCUGCAGUCGCCGCUCCCGCAGGAGAUCCUCGCCCCCAACAUCUCGCUGCAUCUCUUCCCCACGACGCACCCGCACCUGCCGACGGUCUCGGGCCGCGUCGCCUACACGGCCGCCCUCUGGACGUCUCCGAUCGCCUGGAACCGGCUGCCGCUCGUCGGCAACGUGCGCCUGUCCAUCAUCUCGGAGCGCGUGACGAAGCAGCCCCUGCACUUCGCGCCGCUGCACCCCGGCGCCGUCCCCGAGCAGCUGGUCGUGCGGUGGUGCGCGUCCGGCAAGAAGAACGGGGGAGCGGGGCACGCGUCUGGGUCUGGGUCUGGGUCUGCGCUGUCACCGUCGACGGAGAGCGGCCUCCGGACGGCCGAGGGCGGAGAUAAUGCGUUUACCGGGCUGUUCGUGUUCCAGUUCGACGCGGAGGGCCGGAUCCUGAGCCACACCAUCGAGACUGUACAGGAGGGGGGCGAUUGGGAGAAGGGCGUCGGCGCCAAGGUCGUCGGGCUGACGGAUUGGCUGUUGGGCGGGAUGCGGAGGCAAGGAGAGAGCCCGAGCCCGGCAUUCAACAGUCUGGGGAAGAGGUGACGGAGCCUCAUGUCACCCCAAGAAGAGCGAGUUGACGAAUGAAAAGGAAAUUCGGGCUGGGGAAAACUCGGGAAAGAGGGCGCAACGGGAAACGGCGUUUGGGUGUCGGGCAUACCAAUUUCUUCCUUCUUUUUUCAAAUCUCAUCAUCAUUAUCGGUCAGGCGGGCGGGCGGCAUAGCAAACCCUCUCCUCUAUUCCGUGUAAAAUCAGUGUACCAUAGCCUACUAAUACAACAACAAAAAAGAAACCCCC